CUGGAUCUACAACGGUUAGUGCAAUUCUGACAGCCAACGGUUUUAUUAGUCGGUGUACCGGAGAAUAAAAUCUUAUCAGUCAACAAUAAUUUGGUGUUUUGUUUCAGUAAAUAAAAGAAAAUGUUGGGAGCACAACGCCCUCCUUGGCUGGCUCUGUGUAUUUUCGGUGGGCUUUCGACCUUCACACUUCUGACGACUACAAAAGCACUGCCGGCGACUACACCUCUACCGCACACCACCCACAUUGUCAGCUACGUACACCAAGGCCGAGCCGGAGCAAAGAGCGGCGAUAUAAGGGAAUUCGACUACGAAAGCAUACAAAGCGGGAGUAAUGAACGCAACGCAGCCUUACGCUCUACAGAGCCUCCAACCGCCAUCUCCCAGUUAUAUGGCGCAUUUGUGGAACAAUUAGACAUGAGUUUGGACAAUGGUUUACCGGGUAUUAACAGCAGCUCAAAAAUUGCUGCCUCUAGUACAGAAAAGGUUCGCCAAACGGACGAUUUACAAGACACACAUCAGAAUACACUUGAUGAUGUUUUUACUGUCAAUGAACAACAUGAGUCCUCUAAGGUCGGGAAGAAUGUCAGCCAGUCACAUGCAGGUGGUUUAAUGUGGAAUCGCAUGAAACAGAGUAUUCCGGUGCUGGAGCCUGUACGUCACCUUUUAAAUACAGUGCGUGAACAGCACAAUCAGACAGUGCAUGCGGCUAGGCAACACCACCAAUUGUUGGCAACAAUGAUCACUGGAAUGGGUGAUCAUAUGCCUUCUAACGAGUCGUCUGCUAUUGAGACAGAGGAGGAUCGCGAAGCGGCCAAUGAAAGUACAGAAUUCAAGCUGCUGGACUUUGCAGGUAGCCUUGUGGGUAUGAUUUGGGGCUUCAUUGGAAAUCUUCAGCGCGCUUUUGCGGCUAGCAGCGGUAAUGCUCUUGCGUCUUCCUCGUCCGGUUCUUCCGGCGAUCAGUAAGGCGAUAUGUUAGCAAACUUUGUUUAUCAGUUUAAUCAAUUAAGAAUAUUUGCGUUUUAAAUUUAAUUGGAAAUGUAAAUUUCUACAGUUAUAUUUAUUAGCACGAUUAUAAUAAAAUGAACUGUAAUUUAUUCGAUACCGAGGAAAAGUGUUAAAUAAAAUAUGAGGACAAGUUUAAUAAAUUACGGAAAAUUUUUAUAAAAAGAUACUACGAAAUGUCAAAGUAUUCAUAAAAAAGAAUCGCAUAAGUUUGUGCCUUCAG